GUUUAUUGCAUUGGCAUCCUUGUUGGUCAGAAGGUUUGUAUUUUAUUUUGCUGUUAUUUGUGUCAUGUUGUUCAUGUAUUUACGUCAAUGCUCGAAGUUAAUAUGAACGUUUGUAGUUUUGAAAAGUAUUUACGUUAUUUGGUGUUAGAAGAAGCAUAAGGUACCGUGUCUUAAGUGGAGAUGGGUUGCUGUUACAGUUGCAAAGAUGAAGGCUCUUCACAGGGUCCCUCGUUGACUGAAUGGUUAUCUUUCGUGAGUCCAUGCAGACACUGGUUCAAUUGCUGUGAGGACCAGUAUAGACCUAAGGUGGGAGACCCAAACGAGCAAACACGUCUGCUACAAGAUCCUGUUCAGAAUGUAGCGAUUCCGAGUGACGAUUUUAUUCCACGUUACCCAAAUUCCUUGUCAAAGAAGACCGAUGAACAGUCAGCUCUCACUAGAAUCUUACAAAAGACUGCGUCGAGCGUGAUAGACGUGGCGGCCCUGGAGUCCCACACGCUCGAGCAGCACGACUUCCUGGACCGCGUGCGGCAGUACUCGCAGAGGCUGCAGUCGUCCGGGCGCUGGGCGGCGCCGGCGCGGGCGCCGUGCCUGCUGGCCGACAUCCCGGCGCCUGAGAAGCUGCUCGCGGCCGAGCCCUUGGGAGCGGCCGACCUCCAGCUGAUUACUGCAGCUGUUAAAAAGUGUAACAUGGCCAUAUCAAGCAUCACAGUGGACCAUAAAGAAGAUUUGGUGGUUCCAUUUAGAAUACCAUGAACAAGUCAUCGUUUACAAACUGUCAGCCUAGCCGGCUUGUCGAUAUCUCAAGUUUGGAUACCUUUGAUUUGGUUAUGUGGCGCAAAGGAGCGGGUUGUUUUGUGAUACUGGUCCGAUACCAAAUCUGUACCCUUUAUUUAAGCCUGUGCUUGACAAGCUUUACAUCAUAGUGCUCCCAUAAAGUGAGUGACAGUUAUUAGCAAGAUUAUGUAGCAUUUUCGUGACUGAAUUCAAGAAAAUUUCUGCAAAAAUAUUAAUGUUUAAUUCUUUUGAAGACUUUAAAAUAAAAUUUUUCUGUACCUCAUCAAAAAUGCUAGCUUUUAAAAUUACACAACAGGAUGAAACAUAGGUACUGGCGUGCCACUGCAAGCAUCAGUUAUGCAUCUUUUAACUAAUGUCAUUGCAGUCCAUCACAACUGCAUCUGCGUGCAACUAUGCAAGUAUCACAGUUGCGGUAGAUGCGAGAUGCUGUUUCGGCCGCUUCCGUGUCAACUGUUAAGUUACUGGCAGAAAGCCACCGAAAUGCAAAAGUGAAUACGUAAUUGAUAAAGCUGAGAAAACGGAGUCUGGUGGUACGUUAGAAGACAAGUUGGAUGUACAUAAUCCAGAUGCAUGAAGAUGAGAAACUCUUUUAUCAGCAAUUCCUCUAGAGAUAGAUCGCCCUGCAUCGACAAUCUGUGUUACAGUGAAGAACAAAGAUGGCAUUGUUGAAAGCAUCAAAUGUGCAGCAACGUUAGAGAGCAUAACUAUCACCCGGAAGAGAUUGUGUCGUGUUGCGGAGAUGUAGGAUUUGCAAUCCUGAUGGCUCAAGGAUCUCGAUCAGAAGCAGUUGCCACUAACUCGGCAACUCGUCCAGGUAAAGACGAGGUCUCUGCACAAGGACUUGAAAGCCGGCUUCACUCACACGGAGGGUGAGUUCAAGACCAGCACUGGGUGGUUCGAAUGAUCCAAGAGGCACUUAAACCUCCAUGUCUCAAGGUCAGGUACGAAGAAACAAGCACAGGUACGGAUGUGGCCAUUGAAUUUCUUGAACUUCUGGCAGAAUUAACUGAAAGAGAGAAUUUGUCAGAGGAAAUAAUUAACGUUGAUAAAAAUAAAUUGGUUUAGAAGAGCAUGCCAGAAAAGUAAUUAAAUUAAUAGAAAAACUAUGCUUACAUUCAAAGGCCAAAGAAAGAUAGGAUUACCUUUAUAGGCAUCCACAGUGUGCUGUUAUCCAAAUGCCAACUGUGUGGUAACACACUCAGGAUAACUUUCUUUUUGCAUCUGAUAAAUCAAGGAACCGUUGCAACCAUCAUGGCCUGCUACCUACGGCGCAUUGUUCUGCAGACUGUCAAGUCCAUCAGUAGUGGCAAGUUCAAUGCCCUUCGAGACUUCGUGAUUGUGAAAACUUGUGACAGUCAAGAUGACGACUUAGUCAGCUUCCAGCCUUUGACAUCGUAUAGAGAAUUGGAAGGUGAAUUUUACUUCAGAAUGGUAUCUUUUCCUUCAAAUAGUCUAUGUUGAGAUUUGUACCAACCACUUAGACAAGAGUUAAAAAAAAAAAUAGUGAAAAUAAUCAUUGUUAAAAAGUGUUAUUUAUUUAUAUAAUUUGUUAAAUUAUAUAUUUAAUUAUCUGAUAACAUAUUUUCUGCCCUGAUUACAUUUGAGAUAGUGAGAGUUUAUUUUUGUUACUGUUCAUUUUGACAAAAAUAAUUUUGCUUAGAGAAAAAAGUUUAUCAUGGCCGUAAUGUCAGUUUCAUACUAAUACUGGACAUAAUAUAAAACCCUUCGAAAAGUUUUUAUGUAUAAAUUAUUUGUGUUGCAAAUAUUUUGCUAACCUUACUGCGUGUGUGAUGAACAACUUUUGAAUUGUUUUUCAUGGAGUUUUCUUAAGCGAUUUUUCUUGAUAGCUUCAUUUAGUAAGAUUUCAAAUCCAACAAUUUUCAUGUAUUGGCCCAAAGAUGUAACCUCUCAUAAUGGUUACAGACUUGUUAGAUAUUUGUGGUGGAAAUUUUUAUAUAAUGUGUUUUGUGUCUUGCAAAGUUGCUGUGAUGUAUUCCUACGUCGUAAUGAACACUUGUGUAAAUACUGUGAUAUGCUCCCUAGCUUGAAUACGGAACUGUACAUAUAAUGCAGGAAGGUGCUUUGUGAUACCACAUGAGUUGUCAUGUAACUGUUAUAUUUCAAAGCACUACAAGAUUUUAUUCUUAAGUUGCAAAAAAAAUUAAGUAGUGGUAAACCAUAGAGCAAGUAUGUAUUUUAGUUUGAUGGUUGCCAAAUAUUUGUUUUUUUAUUUGUUAUUUUAAGUUAUUUGGUGUUUUGGUAGCAACUCCUGCACUUAGGAUGUUCCCAAUCAAUCCUUUCCUCCUAUUAAUAUUUUGUAUUAAAAAUAUUAUGAAUCUGGUACAACACAUUUACAAUGAUAACGAUUUUAUGAUGGAGCUGUAUAAUUGGGGUGGGGAAAUUUGUUGAAGCUGAAUCCACAAUGAGUUAUUAAUGUACUUGUCGUUUAUAACACCUGAAAUUAUUGCUGCAAUGUUCUGACAGUGAGGUAAAUGUUGUCUCAGUUCAAAAAGCUAUUAAAGAUGCUGAUGGUGUGCAUGUGUUUUUGUAAGUUUGUAUCGUCUCUUUCAGAAAUAUAGAUCUUUCUUAUGAGCCUACUUCCGAGAUGUUGGUUUUUCCUUGCUAGGUCAUGAGGACUUAUGAUCGGAAAAUCUUGGUAUUGAUGUCAUUUUAAAGUUAACAUUAUUUAUUGGUAGAUGUUGGAUGACUUAUUGACUUGUUUUCUCUGCACGAGUCUCGUUUUUUGCUGUGUCAAGUCUUACUCUGACUAUAACGAUAAUGCAAAACGUGCAGUUUUGUAGAAAACACCAAUGAAAUAUCAAACUACUAGUACUGGCUUUCUCAUUCAUUCAUCCAGUAAAAUGUGGAGUUACUCAUUUUUACAUGAUUACAUAUCAUUAACACUAACAUAACAGGGCUGAAGCAUUAAGUGUACAUGAACAUACACACACUAUUAGAACCCCUCUCUCUUCUUUUUCAUUCAUUGUCACCACAGAUAUGAAAGUAAUAUAUUUAUGUAUUUUUCAGAACCUCUUGUGCAACUACAGUAAAAACUUUUCCAGAAGUUAUGUUUCAAAAAGUUAUUCUGAUCAAUUAAUUUAAAAAAAUUUUGCAUUAAAUUCAUAAACAAAUUUGUCUAAUCAGUUUAGUUUUUAGUCCCUUUAUAAACGUCUUGGGAGUUAAGCUGUACUAGACAUGCCUUCUGCACCGAAGUAGCGGCACAUCCAAAAACAUGGGGACCUCAGCAACGGCAACAUCAGCCAAUAGAAACUACCUACCUACUUACACAGGGUUCAAAUGGUUUUAGAGCUAUUAUAAUUAAACAAAAAUUCAAUCAGAAGUAGGUUAGUUAUGCAUACAGUGAUUUUUUUUUAUAUUACCAACUACUAUUUAAAUUUUUUGGAAAUUCUAACUGCUGGAUCUAAUUACAUAUAUUUUUUUAAUUUUAAUUUCUUGUAUGAAAAUUAACUAUUUAUUCUGUGGGUGAGUGUAGUCUGUUUACUGACACAGGUAAUGUUUUAUUUAUAGAUCAGUUCAUAGAAAUUAAGUGUACUUGCUGAAUUAUUUUUCCACCAUUGAUUCCUGUUGUAAAAGGCAGUGAUGUUAUGUAUGUACACUAGGCACAAUAUAACUCCGAGCUUGAGCUACAUCACACAUGAGGAGUAGGGACUGCAACACGUGUGGGGGGUCGGGUGGAUGAGGAGGGGGUAUAAGCAGAUACGGUGACCUUUCACAGCAGGUAGAGAAAAGCAGAAAACAUUGACCACUUACCGCUGACGUUCCAAGCACUACCUCAGUUCUUCAACGCCACUGACUGUUCCAUCCGAAGAGUCUGAUGUGUAAACGUCACUGCUGUCACUGUUUGGAUCACCUAACUGAACAAUCACUUUAUCAAUUUCAAUGUCAAAACGCACAUCCUUAUCCCAGUAUUCGUUCUCGAGUGUCUUGACGUGAUUGCAAAUCGGUAUCCAAUCUUCUGGACCCAUUCGGUUAAAUAUCUCCUUGCAAAGUUUUUUUACAUUUGCCAAAUCGCAAGUAACAUUUCAUGAAGCGACUUCUCCUUUAACUUUAGCCCAUAUGCUUUCCAUCGGAUUUAUAUCCGGAUGAUAAGGGGGCAGAUGAAGUAAUGUGUGGCCACUAUUUACCAAUAGUCUGUCUGCCGAGUACUGCACUGCACUUGUAAAGGUUUGUGCUUCUUCAUGAGGUUAUACAAGUUUGGUUUGAGCAUGUUGCUAGUAAAGGAAAUAUUCUCCUUACUUAACCACUUCUGCAUUUCCAAUUUUGUCAAGCUGGAGGUAGGCGUUUUAUUUAUUUUUACAUUGUGAUAGGGAGCAUUAUCUAUCACAACAACACUGUUUGGUGGAAGAUUUGGUAUUAAUUGUUCGGUUAGCCAUUUUUCAUAAUUAUCUUUAUUCGUGUUUUUGUGAUAAUCCCCUGUUGCCUGGUGUGACUUCCACAUUGCAAGAGCAUUUGGGAUAAAAACCCUUUUCGCCACCUGCGUGAAUCAUUAUUAUUCUUUGAACCUUCGUGACAGGCACUAGUACACCAUUUGAGGACAUGUAUAUCCAUGUAUAUAAUUGUGCGUUCAUCGUUUCUAUAUUGAUGCAUAAUCUUGAGAUAUUCUAUACGUUUUUGCUAAAUAUCUGAUUAUUCUAUUAAAAGUAAGCUCUGCAAUUUGGUUUUCUGCCACCUGAAUCCUAGCUUCUUCAAAGUCGUCCUUAAGGUUGUAUUGCUACCUUGCUAAUUUAUGUCAUUCUUUAGUUUGUCAUACAGUUUUGACAGUCGGCACAAGUUUUUCAAGUAAGUAAAAAUUGUACACAGUACGUCGUACCACAGCUUCAUCAAAGGUGUCAAGUUCGUGUUUACAUGUUUUCUUUCGCUUCUUGUUGGGCAUCUCGAAAGAUGUUCCUUCACCAGCUUCAUUCCUCUUAGCUUCCCUUUUAAUUGUUUGUACUGUCGCGCGAGACACACCCGUCGCCUUAGCUGUUCUCAGCUGUGCUUUCUCUAGUGAAAUGGAGGGUUCCUGCAUUCGCGCUUCAUUUUCCAUAAACUGCAGAACGUUAUAGACGAUUUCCCGUGCCUGCGGGUGCAGUUUUUUACUCUUAACUUUUCACAACACUUGAGGCAUUUUAUGUAUAAAGUUGUACUUUACUGAAGUACUGCACCACAUAUGGCUCUGAACAAAAGUGAUACACUACAUGCACACAAACCUCAGAUCCAAACUGUAAACGAAAACGUUUAGUAAGUACCACGGAUGUGUUAACGAACGUAUUCGUCGGAUUUCACCGAAGGACUAAGUUUUCACUCUGUGCAGUAGCGUGUAGCCCCUGUUAUCAAGUUACGCAUUAUCGCUCAUUGCCGCGCCACGUCUGCCUUCUCCAAUGUUGGGACUCGCAUACACACAUCGAUUUUCUAACUGUCACCCAGUCUCGGAGUUAUGUUGCGUCUACUGUACAUGGUUUUUUGUUGUGCAACUUAGGAUUUGGUAACGGUUUAUAUUCAGCGCAAAUGCAAAAAUAGAGGAAUUAUACUACAAAGUUUGGUUUGUGUAGUGUAAAUAUAAUAUUGAUACAAUCUCUGUCUACUAUUUAUUUGUAAAGACAUGCUAUUUUGUAAAUGAGUUUUUAAUAAACAGUUCAUUUUCGUAUGCUA